AUGGCGUGCAUCGGGGACGCGGACCCCUUCACCGCGGCCAUUCCCGCCACCAAAGUUGAACUCACCGUGUCGUGCAGGAGCCUCCUGGACCGAGACACCUUCUCCAAGUCUGAUCCCAUCUGCGUGCUUUACACCCAGGGGAUCGCAAACAGGGAUUGGAGAGAGUUUGGCAGGACGGAGGUCAUCGACAACACCCUCAACCCAGACUUUGUCCGCAAGUUCAUUUUGGAUUAUUUCUUUGAGGAGCGGCAGAAUCUCCGCUUUGACCUCUACGACUUGGACUGCAAGAGCGACAACCUCUCCAAACACGACUUCCUGGGUCAGGCCUUCUGCACGCUGGGAGAGAUCGUGGGCUCGCUGGGAAGCCGCCUGGAGAGGCCUUUGAUCGGCAUCCCGGGGAAGAAAUGUGGAACAUUCAUCGUGAGAGCAGAGGAGCUGAGCAACUGCAGGGAGUCGGUCAUGCUGCAGUUUUGUGGCAACAAGCUGGACAAGAAGGAUUUCUUCGGGAAGUCGGAUCCUUUCCUCGUCUUUUAUCGCAGUAACGAAGACGGAUCGUUCACCAUUUGCCACAAAACCGAAGUGGUGAAGAACACUUUGGAUCCCGUCUGGCAGGCCUUCAAGAUUCCCGUCAGGGCGCUCUGCAACGGCGACUACGACAGGAGCAUCAAGGUGGAAGUGUACGACUGGGACAGAGAUGGCGGACACGACUUUAUCGGCGAGUUCAGCACCAGCUACAGAGAAAUGUCCAGAAGCCAGUUACAGUUUCAUAUCUACGAGGUGCUAAAUCCAAAGAAGAAAGGCAAGAAAAAGAAGAAGUACCAAAACUCAGGAACGGUGACCCUGCUGUCCUGCCUCGUGGACACGGAGCUGUCCUUCCUGGACUACAUCCGAGGCGGGACGCAGAUUAAUUUCACGGUGGCAAUCGAUUUCACCGCCUCCAAUGGCAACCCGUCGCAGCCCACUUCGCUGCACUACAUGAGCCCCUAUCAGCUCAACGACUACGCCAUGGCUCUGCGGGCCGUGGGCGAGAUCAUCCAGGACUACGACAGCGACAAGAUGUUUCCCGCGCUGGGCUUCGGCGCCAAGCUUCCCCCCGACGGGCGCGUCUCGCACGAGUUCGCCCUGAACGGCAACCCCCAGAACCCCUACUGUAACGGCAUCGAGGGCGUGAUGGAGGCAUAUUACCAGAGUCUCAAGUCGGUGCGCCUCUACGGACCCACCCACUUCUCCCCUGUCAUCAACCACGUGGCCAGGUAUGCAUCAGCGAUGACGGACGGCUCGCAGUACUUCAUCCUCCUGAUCAUCUCAGACGGCGUCAUCACGGACAUGGCUCAGACCAAAGAGUCCAUCGUCAACGCUGCCUCUCUACCCAUGUCAAUUAUCAUCGUCGGGGUCGGACCAGCCGAGUUCGACGAAAUGAUCGAGCUGGACGGAGAUGAGGAGAGGAUCUCCUCCCAAGGACGCUACGCCGAGAGGGACAUCGUACAGUUCGUCCCUUUCCGUGACUACAUCGACCGCCGAGGCAACCACAUCCUCAGCAUGGCGCGGCUGGCCAAGGAGGUGCUGGCGGAAAUCCCCGACCAGUUCCUGUCCUACAUGAGGACGCGAGGCAUCAAGCCGGGCCCCCUGCCGCCGCCGUACACGCCGUGUCCCCUGCCGCCGCUGCACCCGCUGCUCACCCGGCGGGUGAGCCGGAUCUGAGGUUCCCGGGGAGGGGUCUUGGUGGCCUGCGCCCGCCUCUCUUCGUCUACUCAUUCGUCUUUUCAGCUUUGACGCUGGCGACCCCGGGGGGUCCGCCGCGCACCGGGAAGGUGGCCGGUGUUUGGCGAAGGCGGGAGCUCGGGACGUUUCCACGGGACCCCGUCAGCGAGUAGAGAAAUGUUUACAAGAGGAAGGUGUUGUUUCUUCAAAUAUAUCGUCUCUUCUUCAGUGGCGCAUGUGCUCGUUAAAAGAAGCAUGCACUGUCGUCCCGCACUCAGGGCCGCGUCCCUCCCCGCCGCCCUCCCACCACUGCCGACCGACAUCCUUCUGUUACGCCUCAAGGUGGCGCUCCGGCAGGGACUCCACCGGCCUUACUUUUUGCUCAGUUCACAGGCGCCAUCUUGGAAGCGAGGGCCCGCGCGUUUGGCGAAGGAGCUGGACGACAGGUUUUGUCUUUUUGCUUUCCUUGUGUUCCUCUUCUACCUCUUGAUGUGUUUACUGGCCGGCAAACACUUGAGCCCCGUCGCGUUCCUCCUUGACCUUUGACCUGCCCAAGCCAGGGGUGUCCAGACCUUUCAGAGAUCAAAGGGUGUCGAGGCAGGGGUGCACAAAAAAAUUGUUUCGCAUUGCUAUUUUUUAUUCAUUUUUUUUGUUGGUAUUGAAUGACUAUUAUACCAAAUAAUACAUUGAGAAUCCAAUCAAAAAUCUAAGUGCGAGGCCAUUUUGAUGGUUUUGUUUUCGAAACAGCAGGUGUGCACAAAGCAAUCGAUUCACAUCCGAAUCGCAAUUUUUUAAAUGUAUUUUAUUGGUAUGGAAUCAUUAUGAUUAUUAUACCAAAUAAUAUAUAGCAAAAAUCGGUUUGAAUCAAGAAGUGAUUCUGAAUCGAAUCAAAAAUCAAAGGAUGCGGAGGACAUGUUGAUGUUUUUAUUUUCUAAACAGCAGGUACACAAAAAAAUCGAUUAUCAUCCCAAAAAAAUAU